AUGACAAAUUACGCUGUAGUAUUUUUUGUCUCCAAACUAAUAACCAAGAAGCUACUACGAAAUUUCACCAUUAUUACUUUCGUAAAAAGUCAGGAAGAAAAGAAUAGAAAAUCGAACAACUACCGGAAAGAUUGCAGGGAAAAGAGAUCGCGGUUAAAAACGAAUAACAUUCGUGAAGUCUUUGUGUCACCACAUUUCAACUCUUACAAAGUGUUAAAGAUCGGGUUUUGUGGAGGCGAGUGUGUGAUAGCCUUGAAGUCAGGUUUCGAUGCAAGUCCUCAGCUGGUGGAGGCAGAACUGGUGUACCUCGGUCAGUCGGCUGGCACGUUGAAGUGCUCCCUGCAUAUUAUCGUGAAAGACGAGACAAACAUGCAAGCAUUCGCUAAAAGAAGAAAACCCAGCGUCGACCUGAUAUACAUCGACGCGGACUUCUUGCAAAAGCACCUCAACAACAGAUCGACAACCUCCUGCAUCUACGCUGAUUUCCUCCCACCAACUCAGCCCAACCAACCAAACAAAACAUCAGCGAACGUGCAUAAGUUGCAUCAGGGCGUUCACAGUUUUGAUUCCGAAAAUAAAACGAAGCCGCCUGUUCUUCCGAGAAGAAAAAAAACAUGAUGGACCAAUGCUAUCCUGUUUGAACAUCCUGCAGGGGUCGCCGUUGUGAUUUAAAGAAAACAUUAAGUGGUGAUGUGUGAGUGCAAGGUUGGAUGGACGGAUGACUUUGCGUGGUGUGAAUAGGAAUGGAUGAUAGGUUUGGUUUGGUUAGGUGGAUGGAGGACUUGAAACUUGUUUCUUCUUCAGUAGAUGUUAGCUUCAUUUCAAAUUGUGACGUUGCGUGGAGGUAGACAAUUUUUACGGUUGAACUGUUGCAUUCUGCAUAUGAUGAAAAGUUAUCUGUGUUGAACAAAUUUUAAAAACAAAUUUUUGAUUUUUAUUUAGAAUCUGCUUCGUAGAAUUAGAACUAAAUCUAGAUUACUAUAUUAAAAAAUAUUAUCAUUAUAAUUUUAUAAUUAAAAUAAAAAUCUUAAAAGC